AGAAACCUCAGAUAGGAUGGGUCAUUAAAACAGUUGAAGGACAGCAGUAAUCUCUGAAGGCACCGCAACCUUUAGCUUUACUGGUGAGGCGCUGCCUGCCUGUGUCCCGAACCCUGGUUGUCAGGGAUACCUCUCCAUGGAGACGCAGUCCCAGAGGUAGGGGAGGGCUUUCAGGGAAAGGAGACCCUCACCUUGAUGGAGCAACAAGUCAAGAGAGAGGAUGAAGGCGGAAAGACUGUAGCAGAAGUGCAGAGAUAAGAGGGGAGGUCACCUGUGGGGGAACAAGUGGAAAUCAACAGAAGGAAAGAAGAAGAGUUGGAUGAAGUGAAAGUUAUUUUGUCAGGAUGGGCUAUGAUCUGGAGAGGUUUGUGGGCUAUGUGAAUGAGGGUCUUCUGUGCUGUGUGUGUCGAGACGUGUUGGAGCGCCCCCUCCAGGCACCCUGCGAACACGCCUACUGCAGCGCAUGCAUCAGCAGCUGGCUGGUCCAUCACCCCUCCUGUCCCGAGGACAGACUUCCACUGGAUGUGGGCAGUCUCAAGCCACUGUACAGGUACAUGCGUAAUGACCUGAACCGUCUGCAGAUACGUUGUGUGAACGCAGGGCAGGGUUGCGAGGUGGUCUGCUCUCUGGAGAGCUUGCACACACAUGAGGAUGAGUGUGAGUUUGCCUUUGUGUCGUGCUCCAACACAGGUGGAGAGUACAUAUGUUACCACUGUGGUUGCCCUGUGCAGGUGGAGAGGCGGGGUUUGGAAGCUCACCUGUCAGAAUGCAACUUCCGCAGCAGGGAGUGUCCCAAUGGCUGCGGCCACACCCUGCUCUCCAGUGACCAAUCACAGCAUAACUGUGUAGCAGAGCUGCGCACAGAGGUGGAGAUGCUCAGGGCAGAGAUGCUGUGCAAGGUGGAGGAGGUGAGACGAGAAAUGGAGUCUCGGCUGGACUCCCAGAGGAGACACAUGGUUCAGAAAGAGUCGCAGCUGAAGAACGACGUGGAGGAGCUCAAGGGUCAGCUGUCCCGUGUGAUGUGUGACAUGCGUGCCCUGUUAGGAGCAGAGCGCCUGAGACGACAGGAGCUGGCAGAAGCAGAGCUGGAGAAGAGGGAACUGUUGGAGCUCCUCAGAGACCUGCAGCCAACCAGGAAUCAGCAUCCCUUUGAACAGGCACCCAGGGAGCAGCAUCAUCAGGGAGCCCAGCAGACAUCUGCGUGGGAGCUGAACACAGAGCUCACCAGACACCAGCAGAGGGAGGCGUCUUUACAUGCCUCCAGUCUGUCACUGCAUUCAGCUCAGGUCAUGAAUGUUUCUGGUCCACCUCAGUCCCCUCAGCUGGGAGAGGGGACGCGCAAGGGUGGUACCAGGAGCCUGACUCUGGACUGCAUCAAGAGAAAAAGCCGGGAGGUGACGGUCAUCUGAGUGGAUCGGACUGCUGGGGGAUUAGCCAAACCAGGAAAAACUGAAUCUCUAUUUUUGUAACAUUUGGCUAACAGUUUAGUGAUGAAAAUAUUGUCGAAACAGUUAAGUUGCGUAGUUUCUGGGAUGAGUUUUAGAUUUUUUUAACCAAAUCAGUGUGAAACAACAGCUGAGAGAAAAACAGUCUUAUGUAGAAUCAACCAAAUGAUGUGUUUGAAAGGUCUUUUUGUGUAAUUCUACAAACGCAAGUGAUGUUUUGACUGUAGGCGUAUAUGAAAGUGAAUAGACAUUAAUUUUGUAGACUCACCACUGAUCUCAUCUGUAAACAGAUCGUCGUGUAAUGUCUCUGGUUUUGUAUCCCUCAGGUUUCAAUUAAAUAGUCACUUCGAUUAAUUUUAA